AUGAUUUCUGAAGACACAGCCCUGGAUAAGAACACCCAUGAGUCUGUCAGCGCCCAGAUCGAAAAGAAGAACACAUGGAGGCAAGCGUUUAAUGCCACAGCGGUGGUCCUUCACAUGAGGCAUCUCCAGCUGGGUAACAGUCAGGAAGCUCCCAGCCUGUCCCCUCUGCCGAGCCCCUGUAGAAGACACCUGUUGCUGGCUGAGAAGGAAUACACAGAACUCCUGGAACUGGACUUGGCUCCUAAAUGGGACGUAGUUGGAGAAGUGUCUGGAGCACUCAGCGCCAACAGCGACCUGCGUCUGGGACUGUACCACUCCCUGUUUGACUGGUUUAACCCGCUUUACAAGCAGGACGCUGCCAACCUGUACACUACCAACCUCUUCCCCACCACUAAGACGCUGCCCGAGCUCUAUGAGAUCAUCAACAAGUACAAGCCGGAGCUGCUGUGGUCCGAUGGAGACGGGGAUGCUCCUGAUAAAUACUGGAACAGCACCGGAUUCCUGGCUUGGCUAUACAACGAGAGCCCAGUGCGAGAGACCGUGGUGACCAAUGAUCGUUGGGGUUACGGCAGUAUCUUUACCCAUGGAGGCUACUACACCUGCGCUGAUCGCUACCAGCCCGGACAAGACAAAGGUUCCUGGGGUUACAGGAGAAACGCCCAGCUUAAAGACUACUUCACUAUCGAGCAGCUUGUGGGGGUCAGUUUUAAAUGGUUCUGAAAGCAAUUUAUUUUA